GACGCUGCCCAGAGAGGUCGAAACUGCUUGGCCUCGUCCAGGCCUGGUAUUUGGUAUCCUUUGAGAGAGAGCCAUGGGCGGCAAGAAGAAGGAAGUUCCCCUGCAGGUCAACAUCACCACCCAGGAGCUCUGGGAAGAAAUGCUCGGCUCCAAAGGACUGACUGUUGUGGAUGUCUACCAGAGCUGGUGUGGCCCCUGCAAACCCGUGGUAAGCCUCUUCCAGAGGAUGAGGAUAGAGGUUGGCUUGGACCUUCUCCAUUUUGCUUUGGCAGAGGCAGACCGUCUUGAUGUUCUGGAAAAAUUCCAAGGGAGGUGCGAGCCAACCUUCCUGUUUUAUUUAGGAGGAAAACUUGUGGCUGUGGUGAAGGGAGCGAAUGGCCCCCUGCUUCAGAAGACCAUCUUACACCAGCUGGAGGCCAAAAAGAAGGUUCAAGCUGAAGGCAGGGAAUGGAACGUGGUUGCUGAUGAGGCUCUUUCUGGUGCAGCCAAGGGUGGUCCACUUGAAAAGGAUGAUGGUGAAGAUUGGGACAUCGUGUCACGAGAGGAGCCCUGUACAUUAGGCAUCAUUAAGCCAGAUGCAGUGGCCCACGGAAAGGCUGAUGAGAUCAUCAUGAAGAUCCAGGAAGCAGGAUUUGACAUACUAUCAAAUGAAGAGAGAACCCUGACAGAGACGGAAAUGCAAGCGUUCUAUCAACACAGAGCUGGGGAGGAGGCAUUUGAAAAGCUAGUCCAUCACAUGUGCAGUGGACCCAGCCACCUCCUGAUCCUCACCAAGACAGAGGGCACUGAGGAUGUAGUCACCGCUUGGCGAACCUUCCUGGGGCCUUGUGACCCCAGCGUGGCCAGGAGGGAACAUCCUGAAAGUCUCCGGGCUCAGUAUGGCACAGAAAUGCCCUUUAAUGCUGUGCAUGGAAGCCGGGACAGAGAGGAUGCCAAGAGAGAGCUGGCCCUGCUCUUCCCCAGUCUCAAGUUUUCAGAUGAAGACAUGAAAUCCCCACAGGGUGCUGAGGCACAAAUCGUGGUGGGCCCCAUGGAGGCCCUUGGCAUCUCUGAGAGUAUCUGAGCACUGGGAUGGUAUGCUGUGUUCUGCCAGGAUCAAGGUCACAAGGCCACAAGAGGGGCCGUUGGUGUGCUCACAUCUGCACAGAUCUCCAGAGGAUGAUUUCAGAGCACCAGCAUGUUCCUGGCUUAGCCCUAUUUUGUGGACAAUAAAAAUAUAUAUCCUUCCCUGCCUUAUUAACUGUCUACAGAACAUACCCUACCCUCUAAUCACUGUACUCUGAGGCAUGGUGUCACCUCAAAGGACACUGGGUCUCCCCACCAAUAAAUCUGAUUUGAUCCAAGCUUG